AUGGCAAACUUCUUGUUACCUCGGGGCACUGGCAGCUUCCGUAGGUUCACGCGGGAGUCCCUGGCGGCCAUCGAGAAGCGCAUGGCGGAAAGGCAAACCCGAGGGUCGGCUACCUCACAGGAGAGCCGAGAGGGCCUGCCAGAGGAGGAAGCUCCCCGGCCCCAGCUGGACCUGCAGGCCUCCAAAAAGCUGCCAGAUCUCUAUGGCAACCCGCCCCGAGAACUCAUUGGGGAACCCCUGGAAGACCUGGACCCUUUCUAUAGCACCCAGAAGACCUUCAUCGUGCUGAACAAGGGUAAGACCAUCUUCCGGUUCAGUGCCACCAAUGCCCUGUACGUCCUCAGCCCCUUCCACCCCGUGCGCAGAGCGGCUGUGAAGAUUCUGGUGCAUUCGCUCUUCAGUGUGCUCAUCAUGUGUACCAUCCUGACCAACUGUGUGUUCAUGGCCCAGCAUGACCCUCCGCCUUGGACCAAAUAUGUUGAGUAUACCUUCACUGCCAUCUACACCUUUGAGUCUCUGGUCAAGAUCCUAGCUCGAGGAUUCUGCCUGCAUGCGUUCACCUUCCUUCGGGACCCGUGGAACUGGCUAGACUUCAGCGUGAUAGUCAUGGCAUACACAACUGAAUUUGUGGACCUGGGCAAUGUCUCAGCCUUACGCACCUUCCGAGUCCUCCGGGCCCUGAAAACUAUAUCAGUCAUUUCAGGCCUGAAGACAAUCGUGGGAGCCCUCAUCCAGUCUGUGAAGAAGCUGGCCGAUGUGAUGGUCCUUACCGUCUUCUGCCUCAGUGUCUUUGCCCUCAUCGGCCUGCAGCUCUUCAUGGGCAACCUGAGGAAUAAGUGUGUUCGGAACUUCACCGAGCUCAAUGGCACCAACGGUUCUGUGGAAGCCGACGGCCUGGUCUGGGACUCUUUGGACGUCUACCUCAAUAACCCAGACAAUUACCUGCUCAAGAAUGGCACCACUGACGUGUUGCUGUGUGGGAACAGCUCUGAUGCCGGGACAUGUCCUGAGGGCUACCGGUGCCUGAAGGCAGGCGAGAACCCAGACCACGGCUACACCAGCUUCGACUCCUUCGCCUGGGCCUUCCUCGCACUCUUCCGCCUGAUGACGCAGGACUGCUGGGAGCGCCUGUACCAACAGACCCUGAGGUCGGCGGGGAAGGUCUACAUGAUCUUCUUCAUGCUUGUCAUCUUUCUGGGCUCCUUCUACCUGGUGAACUUGAUCCUGGCUGUGGUGGCCAUGGCCUAUGAGGAGCAGAACCAAGCCACCAUCGCUGAGACAGAAGAGAAGGAGAAGCGCUUCCAGGAGGCCAUGGAGAUGCUCAAGAAAGAACAGGAGGCUCUCACCAUCAGGGGGGUGGAUACUGUGUCCCGUAGCUCCCUGGAGAUGUCUGCUUUGGCCCCAGUAACCAACCAUGAGAGAAGGAACAAGAGAAGGAAGCGACUGUCUUCAGGGACAGAGGAUGGAGGGGAUGACAGGGUCCCCAAGUCUGAAUCAGAAGAUGGCCCCAGAGCAUUGAAUCGACCCAGCCUUGCCCACGGGCUCAGCCGGACAUCCAUGAGGCCCCGCUCCAGCCGAGGGAGCAUCUUCACGUUUCGGAGACGGGACCAGGGCUCCGAGGCGGAUUUUGCGGAUGAUGAAAACAGCACUGCGGGGGAGAGUGAGAGCCACCGCACCUCGCUGCUGGUCCCCUGGCCCCUGCGCCGUCCCAGUGGCCAAGGACAGCUCAGCCCUGGAAACUCAGCUCCUGGUCACGUCCUCAAUAGCAAAAGAAAUAGCACUGUGGACUGCAACGGGGUGGUUUCCCUGCUGGGGGCAGGUCACGCAGACGCCACCUCCCCGGGGAGCAACCUUCUCCGCCCUAUGGUGCUGGACCGCCACCCAGAUACGACCACGCCCUCAGAAGAGCCAGGUGGGCCGCAGACGCUGACCCCGCAGGCUCCCUGUGCAGAUGGUUUUGAGGAGCCCGGGGCCCGGCAGCGGGCACUCAGUGCUGUCAGCGUCCUCACCAGCGCCCUGGAAGAGCUGGAGGAGUCCCACCGUAAGUGUCCGCCGUGCUGGAACCGCUUUGCCCAGCGCUACCUGAUCUGGGAGUGCUGCCCACUCUGGAUGUCGCUCAAGCAGAAGGUGAAGUUUGUGGUCAUGGACCCCUUUGCCGACCUCACAAUCACUAUGUGCAUCGUGCUCAAUACACUGUUCAUGGCGCUGGAGCACUACAACAUGACGGCCGAGUUCGAGGAGAUGCUGCAGGUUGGGAACCUGGUCUUCACGGGGAUCUUCACGGCAGAGAUGACCUUCAAGAUCAUCGCCCUUGACCCCUACUACUACUUUCAGCAGGGCUGGAACAUCUUCGACAGCGUCAUCGUCAUCCUUAGCCUCAUGGAGCUGGGCCUGUCCCGCAUGGGCAACCUGUCUGUGCUCCGCUCCUUCCGCCUGCUGCGCGUCUUCAAGCUGGCCAAGUCCUGGCCCACGCUGAACACACUCAUCAAGAUCAUCGGCAACUCCGUGGGCGCCCUGGGGAACCUGACCCUGGUGCUGGCCAUCAUCGUCUUCAUCUUCGCCGUGGUAGGCAUGCAGCUGUUCGGCAAGAACUACUCAGAGCUGAGGCACCGCAUCAGCGACUCCGGCCUGCUGCCCCGCUGGCACAUGAUGGACUUCUUCCACGCCUUCCUCAUUAUCUUCCGAAUCCUCUGUGGGGAGUGGAUCGAGACCAUGUGGGAUUGCAUGGAGGUGUCGGGGCAGUCGCUGUGCCUGCUGGUCUUCCUGCUCGUCAUGGUCAUCGGCAACCUGGUGGUCCUGAAUCUCUUCUUGGCCUUGCUGCUCAGCUCCUUCAGCGCAGACAACCUCACGGCUCCCGACGAGGACGGCGAGAUGAACAACCUCCAGCUGGCCCUGGCCCGCAUCCAGCAGGGCCUGCGCUUCGUCAAGCGGACCACCUGGGACUUCUGCUGCAGCCUCCUGCGGCGGCGACCCAAGAAGCCCGCGGCUCUCACCGCCCGUGGCCAGCUGCCCAGCUGCGUGGCUGCCUCCAGGUCCCCACCGCCACCCCCAGAGGUGGAGAGGGCGCCCCCAGCCCGAAAGGAAACACGAUUCGAGGAAGACAAGCGACCUGGCCAGGGCACCCCCGGGGAUUCAGAGCCUGUGUGUGUGCCCAUCGCCGUGGCUGAGUCAGACACGGACGACCAGGAGGAGGAUGAGGAGGAUGGCACCGAGGAAGAAUCGAGCAAACAGCAGGAAUCCCAGUUUGUGUCUGGUGGCCUAGAGCCCACCCAGGAGCCCAGGCCCGGGAGCCAGGUGUCAGAGACCACAUCCUCUGAAGCUGAGGCCAGUACGUCUCAGGCAGACUGGCAGCAAGAGCGGAAGGCGGAGCCCCGGGCCCCGGGGUACAGUGAGACCGCCGAGGAAAGUUACUCAGAGGGCAGCACGGCCGACAUGACCAACACCGCAGAUCUCCUGGAGCAAAUCCCAGACCUCGGGGAGGAUGUCAAGGACCCGGAGGAGUGCUUCCCUGAAGGCUGUGUCCGACGCUGUCCCUGCUGCACAGUGGACACCACUCAGGCCCCUGGGAAGGUCUGGUGGCGGCUGCGCAAGACCUGCUACCGCAUCGUGGAGCACAGCUGGUUCGAGACCUUCAUCAUCUUCAUGAUCCUGCUGAGCAGCGGAGCGCUGGCCUUUGAGGACAUCUACCUGGAGGAGCGGAAGACCAUCAAGGUGCUGCUGGAGUACGCCGACAAGAUGUUCACCUACGUCUUUGUGCUGGAGAUGCUCCUUAAGUGGGUGGCCUAUGGCUUCAAGAAGUACUUCACCAACGCCUGGUGCUGGCUCGACUUCCUAAUUGUGGACGUCUCGCUAGUCAGCCUCGUGGCCAACACCUUGGGCUUUGCCGAGAUGGGUCCCAUCAAGUCCCUGAGGACGCUGCGAGCACUGCGACCCCUGAGGGCCUUGUCACGUUUCGAGGGCAUGAGGGUGGUGGUCAACGCGCUGGUGGGUGCCAUCCCGUCCAUCAUGAACGUCCUCCUCGUCUGCCUCAUCUUCUGGCUCAUCUUCAGCAUCAUGGGCGUGAACCUCUUCGCUGGAAAGUUCGGUAGGUGCAUCAACCAGACGGAGGGAGACCUGCCUCUGAACUACACCAUCGUGAACAACAAGAGCGAAUGUGAGUCCUUCAACGUGACCGGAGAACUGUACUGGACCAAGGUGAAGGUCAACUUUGACAACGUGGGGGCCGGGUACCUGGCCCUUCUGCAGGUGGCCACAUUUAAAGGGUGGAUGGACAUCAUGUAUGCCGCCGUGGACUCCAGAGGGUAUGAGGAGCAGCCACAGUGGGAAUACAACCUCUACAUGUACAUCUACUUCGUUGUUUUCAUCAUCUUCGGCUCCUUUUUCACCCUGAACCUGUUUAUUGGUGUCAUCAUUGAUAACUUCAACCAGCAGAAGAAAAAGUUAGGGGGCCAGGACAUCUUCAUGACAGAGGAGCAGAAGAAGUACUACAAUGCCAUGAAGAAGCUGGGCUCCAAGAAACCGCAGAAGCCCAUCCCACGGCCCCUGAACAAGUACCAGGGCUUCAUGUUCGACAUUGUGACCAAGCAGGCCUUCGACGUCACCAUCAUGUUCCUCAUCUGUUUAAACAUGGUAACCAUGAUGGUAGAGACAGAUGACCAGAGCCCCGAGAAGGUCAACAUCUUGUCCAAGAUCAACCUGCUCUUCGUGGCCAUCUUCACAGGCGAGUGUAUUGUCAAGAUGGCUGCCCUGCGCCACUAUUACUUCACCAACAGCUGGAACAUCUUCGACUUCGUGGUUGUCAUCCUCUCCAUCGUGGGCACCGUCCUCUCUGACAUCAUCCAGAAGUACUUCUUCUCCCCAACGCUCUUCCGGGUCAUCCGUCUGGCCAGGAUUGGCCGCAUCCUCAGGCUGAUCCGAGGAGCCAAGGGGAUUCGCACACUGCUCUUCGCACUCAUGAUGUCCCUGCCCGCCCUCUUCAACAUCGGCCUCCUGCUCUUCCUCGUCAUGUUCAUCUACUCCAUCUUUGGCAUGGCCAACUUUGCUUAUGUCAAGUGGGAGGCUGGCAUCGAUGACAUGUUCAACUUCCAGACCUUUGCCAACAGCAUGCUGUGCCUUUUCCAGAUCACCACAUCAGCCGGCUGGGACGGCCUCCUCAGCCCCAUCCUCAACACGGGUCCCCCCUACUGCGACCCCAACCUUCUCAACAGCAAUGGCUCCCGGGGGAACUGCGGGAGCCCAGCGGUGGGCAUCCUCUUUUUCACCACCUACAUCAUCAUCUCCUUCCUCAUCGUGGUCAACAUGUACAUUGCCAUCAUCCUGGAGAACUUCAGUGUGGCCACUGAAGAGAGCACAGAGCCCCUGAGCGAGGACGACUUUGACAUGUUCUAUGAGAUCUGGGAGAAGUUCGACCCGGAGGCCACCCAGUUCAUCGAGUACCUGGCCCUGUCCGACUUCGCAGAUGCCCUGUCUGAGCCGCUCCGAAUCGCCAAGCCCAACCAGAUAAACCUCAUCAACAUGGACCUCCCCAUGGUGAGUGGGGACCGCAUCCACUGUAUGGACAUCCUGUUUGCCUUCACCAAGAGGGUCCUCGGGGAGUCUGGGGAAAUGGACGCCCUGAAGAUCCAGAUGGAGGAGAAGUUCAUGGCGGCCAACCCCUCCAAGAUCUCCUACGAGCCCAUCACCACCACCCUGCGACGGAAACACGAGGAGGUGUCGGCCACAGUCAUCCAGAGGGCCUUCCGGAGGCACCUGCUGCAUCGCUCGGUGAAGCACGCCUCCUUCCUCUUCCGCCAGCAGGCGGGCAGCAGCGGCCUCUCGGAUGAGGACGCCCCUGAGCGGGAGGGCCUCAUCGCCUACAUGAUGAAUGAGAACUUCUCCCAGCGCAGCGCCCCCGCCUCCAGCUCCUCCAUCUCCUCCACGUCCUUCCCUCCCUCCUACGACAGCGUCACGAGAGCCACCAGCGACAACCUCCCAAUGCGUGCAUCUGACUACAGCCACAGCGAAGACCUCGCAGACUUCCCUCCAUCGCCGGACAGGGACCACGAGUCCAUAGUGUGAGCCUGGCCCCAACCGCCAGCCGGGACGCAUCCUCUCAGAUCCUGACAAACCCUAGGCAGUUAGAACCAGCGGAGGCAGAGGUCUGUGCCUCUGUGUUGAGGCCAGGAGCAGCUGCAGGAACCCUGUUGGUAGAGGCCUGGCACACCCUGCAGCCUGGUCUGGACAGGCGAGGCUCCAGGGCUCUGGACAGCAAGUCUGUCCCAGCCUCUGAGGUGGAACGGAAAACGCAGUGCACACUUGUGAACAGGCUUUCAUAGAUUUAUUAUAUUUGAUAUUUUUUUACUUGAGCAAAGAACAUCUUUUCCACGAACACCUGUGGCAGCUCACACUGCCUCCCUUACCCUGGACGAGUGUGUCAGUGGCGCUGCCAGGACCCUGCUCUCAGUAAAGUGGGAUCCAGCGUGGCUUCCCCAGGCCUUCAUGCCCAAGGGAGGAGUGUAGUUCCUGUCACCUGAGCUGAGGAGCCAGGAAGGCCUAAGUGUUUCACUCACACACGUGAGUGUUUGGACACUUCACACACUCGGGCUGGACUCAAGGGCCCAGGAUCCCAAGUGUGGCCAGCUGCUCCAAAGGAGACAGGUUUUUCCUUCCUGGCCCCCAAGCGCGGGGUUCUUCCAGUGGAGCUCACUCUGCACUCCCGAUGUCCCCGGGACCCCAUUUUCCUCUUUUUAUCCAGGCUUCGCUGAGGUCAGUGAUACAAAGACUAAAAGCUUCCAGAGAUCAGCUGAGGUCUCCGAGGUGCACAUUUCCUCCUCUCCCGUAAGAGUAUUAAGGUUGGAACCCAAGGGCACAGGCAGGCUGCCGUCUCAGCCGGGCACGCAGCCUGCUCCUGGGGUGUGGCAGGCCCUGUCCUCAGGCCAAGGGAAGAGAGAGCUGCUCUGUGUGGGCUGCCAAACUGCACCCAGCCGUGGCAGCUACACAGCCCAUGACAAAGGAAGGGGUCUCCUUGUCCCAGGCUCCCCUGGGGUCUCUCUGCCUCUACCCAUGUGUGGAGGGCAUUCGCAUUGGGUCUCCAGGUCUUCAGACACUGUAGAUGUGGGAGGGUGGCCUGGGCCUGGCUAGGAGGAAGGUCCCCGAUGCUCAGGAUGCUCAGGCCUGGUUCUGUGCCCUGGGAAGAAACAAGCCAUGCAGCCCCACUGGGAAAGGAGGAAGCAUGGCACUCGGCCCCCGCCUGGGGUCUGGAGUUGUCCAGACGCAGGCCUCCUAAGGGCAGGGCCCUGACUAUAUCCCAGGAGUCUUCUGAGAAGGCUUUUUCAGGGAAAAAAAAAAAAAAAAGAUUUUACUAGUCCAAUUGUCCCCGUGACCUCUUCAGCUGCUGACAAUCCUAUUUAGCAUAUGCAAAUCUUUUUAAUGUGCAGAACUGUCACUGCUGAGGUGACUGGCUGGUGGGGCCUGAGCAGGCCAGGGCUCAGCUGCCCUCCGCUGGCGCUGCCGGCCACACAGGCCACCUCAGCCUCACCUGCCCACUGCAGGCUGGCUGCUCCUACCUACCUCGCCGAGCUGUUGGAGGGCUGGAUGCUCCUGGCGGUGCCGAAGCGGGACACUGCGGGCGAGCCAAGUAUUACGUUUCCUCUUGUCACCUCAGUUCCCGGUGGCAACCAGCCCCCGCCCCACCCGCUCCUGGAGAUUGAUCCAAUGUCCCCACUGAGCUCAGUGGGGGGGAGGGGCUUGGUUUUAACUGUCCAGGUGACACUUCUCUGAGUGGAAAUCUUAUUUUUGUAGAUCUGUGCUUUGCUCUCAAGGCUUGGAGAGAUGUGUGUCCCUCCCUGGCACCCAGUUCAGGCUGCCUAGGCAGGAACGUGGCUGAGGGCUGGCCAGGCUGACAGGGCUGCCACGCCAGCUGCCCGGAAGGAGACUGUGGUUUCGAGUAUUCGGAUAGCCUCGGAGUCUUAAGACAGAUGCCCAGGGCUGGCUGCAGACGGGAUGGCUGAGAGCGGGAGCCAGCUAGCCCCAGCUCCUUGGCUCAGAACUGCACAGUGGUGGGCAAGAAGGGAGAAGAAAGCAGACGGAGGGAGGGAGGGACACGCAUACACGUCAGGUGUUGUCUGAAAUAAACAAGCACUUCUCACCAAGCUUCGUGUAUAAACGGAAUACAUUAUUUUUCAAACAAACUAAUAAAUGG